GAGAAGCUUGUCAACAUGGUCGGCGACGUGUUCUUGCCUCUAGCCAACGGCGGCGCUGGCCAGCCUCCGUGGUGGACAUGGGUCUGGACGGCACUGCAGUUUUUGUUCCCGGUGCUGAAAUGGGGGAGGAGCUACAGCCUCAAGUCCUUCAGGAGCGACAUCAUGGCCGGCCUUACUCUUGCCAGCCUUGGGAUACCACAGAGCAUUGGAUACGCCAGUCUAGCCAAACUGGACCCUCAGUACGGCCUUUACACGAGCGUUGUGCCACCUCUCGUGUAUGCCGUAAUGGGAACGUCGAGGGAGAUAGCAUUCGGCCCCGUCGCUGUGAUCUCGCUGCUGCUGUCGUCGAUGAUCGAGAAGAUCGUCGACCCGGCAGCCGACCCGGGGUCCUACAGGGGCGUUGUCUUCACUGUCACCUUCCUCGCCGGGGUCUUCCAGAUCUCGUUCGGCCUUUUCAGGCUGGGAUUCCUGGUCGAGUUCCUGUCGCACGCUGCAAUCGUCGGAUUCAUGGCAGGGGCAGCGAUUGUGAUUGGGAUGCAGCAGCUAAAAGCUCUGCUUGGCUUGACGCACUUCACCAACAACACUGACGUUGUUUCUGUUGUUAAAGCCGUUUACUCCGACCUGCACGACGACCCGUGGCACCCAGGCAAUUUCUUUAUCGGUUUCUCGUUCCUCGUGUUCAUCCUAAGCGCCCGGUUCGUGGGGAGGAAGUACAGGAAGCUCUCCUGGAUGUCCUCUAUUUCGCCUCUGCUCUCCGUCAUCUUUUCCACCGCUGCCGUCUACGCGACGAGGGCUGACAAGCAUAACGUGAAGAUCAUACGGCAUGUUCAUGCAGGUUUGAACCCAAGCUCUGCUAAACUGCUGCACUUGAGGGGACCGUACACUGCAGACUGUCUGAAGAUUGGCUUCAUCUGCGCUGUUAUUGCACUAGCGGAAGCCAUAGCUGUCGGGCGGUCUUUCGCCUCGAUGAGAGGGUAUAGGGUAGAUGGAAACAAAGAAAUGGUCGCGAUUGGAUUUUCAAAUGUCGUCGGAUCACUGUCCUCUUGCUAUAUGGCAACAGGUUCAUUCUCUCGCACAGCUGUCAACUUCAGCGCAGGCGCCACGUCCACGGUCUCCAACAUCGUCAUGGCCGUCACGGUUUUCAUCGCUUUGGAGCUGUUGGCAAAGUUGCUCUACUACACCCCCAUGGCCGUGCUCGCCUCCAUCAUCCUGUCAGCUCUUCCCGGACUGAUCGAUGUGAAAGAAGCUCACAGCUUAUGGAAAGUCGACAAGCUGGACUUCAUGACAUGCCUCGGAGCAUUCGUUGGCGUGCUGUUUUGGUCUGUGGAGGCAGGCCUCGCCGUUGCGAUUGCUGUCUCCUUUGCGAAGAUUAUCGUGCAUUCAGUUCGUCCUCAGGUCGAGAUCCUGGGGAGGUUUCAUGACACGGACACGUUCUGCAACACGAAGCAGUACCCAAUGGUCGGCGAAACACCGACUGUUCUGACGGCACGCAUCGGCACCUCGUUUCUCUGCUUCGUCAACGCCAAUUCCAUCAGAGAAAGGAUUACAGGGAGGGUAGCUGAAAAGCGCGAGGAAGUUCGCUCCGUCGUUCUUGACGUGUCAAAUGUUGUGGACAUCGACACCGCAGGGCUGGCGGCCCUGGAAGGGAUGCGCAGGGACCUGGCUUCUCGUGGCGUACAGAUGGCCCUAGCCAGCCCUGGGUGGCGGGUGAUCCACAAGAUGAGACUGGGGCAGCUCGUCGCGGGAAGCGCCGGAGGCGACUGGAUCUUCCUCACCGUUGCGGACGCGGUGGAAGCCUGCCUGGGCAAGGUGUGAGUGGUUAGGUUUAGGGAGAUGGAGCUGGGCCUGAAUAGGAUGGGGGUCAGAUGCAGG